UGAUCGCUAAAUCUCCGUUUCGUGGUGCGGCAAUAACUCGGCAGCCUAGUCCAUCCUACAUAGUGGGAUUCUCCCGCCCCCAGCUGUCCUUGCCAAGUGCACCACCUUGAAACAACUUGGCCACCAUGCCCUCACAAUGGCCAUAGGAGCAGUAUGUGCCUCUGAGAUGCUUAGGCGCUAAGCCGUCCGCAGCGAGCUUCCUACUGUUUGAUGAUGGCAAGACAAGGCAUCUUGCUCCUUCUUGAUCUACUUAAGCGCGGUCGAUUUAUCAAGCAAGGCUGCGUACAUAUAUUACUCACCUCACUCCAUCGUCAGUCGAGUAGAAAGAUUGCGAGAACUGUGGCUCAGCGACUGUCAGAUAGACAUAUUGUUUCUCUUAUAGCUUAUUCACUUGCAUAAUUACUCUUCUUGGAUCUUGUCUUCAACUACUCAUUUCGGCAUUACAUAAUAUUAUACCUGAACACCAUGACUCAAAAUGGGGAACAGAGUACUAGCACAGACGCGGUUUCAACAAUAUACACAAGGCCAUACUCUUUGCCAGGCGUGAGCAAACUAUCCCCGGAAGACGACUGGACGGGCAUAGAAAAUCGCAAGGAGAAGAAAAAACUUCAAAACAGAGUUGCUCAGCGGGUAUACCGCCACCGCAUGAAGGAAAAGAUGAAGAUGCUACAAGAUAGGCUCGAGUAUCACGAAACGCAGCGGGAUCAAAAUGCAGUGCCAGUACCCGAUCCAUUACCCGAUCCAUUACCCAACAGCAGUGGUGUCACGGACGAUACAAUGACAUACGCUUCCCCUACCUUGAUGCCUACGGUAGAUUCACACCAAUCACACCUGUCCUCGACAACAGAGAAGUCAACUCUGGCGCAGUUCGACAUACUUAAUAUCUACCAAGAGCCCCGUUCCACCGCCAUGGACUGCGGCGAUGGAAUCUUCUUCGGGGGCGGCCUGAUGUCCCCGGAGCAUCUGGCGGCCCCGGACACAAACAUCGAUGGCGGCGAGUGGUCCAGGGACAUGUCACAGGAUUUUAUGCUUAAAUGUUUGUGCAUGCAGUCCCAGAUGUUGGACAAGUUGAAGACGAUACGGGAGAAGACGCCGUUGCCCGAUGCACAAUCCCAAGAUGAUGGGCGCACAGCCCAUAUCGCGACGUCUUCCGAGGCUUUGCAGAUUGCGGCAACGACUGCUGCUCCUGCCAAUAUCAUGACGCCAGCCCCAUCCAGCAGCGUCACUUUCUCGCCCGCCAACGACGAUGAGAUGUAUUUUGAAUUUGACCAAAUCGCAAAAAAUUACACGCCUGACGGUAUCUUUUACGGCUUUCCUUGGCAUCAGCCGGGCCAGCGCGGUGUACCGCACACACCGGGAUCAAGCGUGUCGUCGGGGCCAAACAAGGCGGUUGAACAAACGCUUGCAAGUGGGGAGAAGGACUCUCACGCGAUGCCAAACAAGAGCGCACCACUGGAGGAGCGUCUGGGAAGUGUCAUGGAUCAGGCAAAGGCAGCGGGGUUCGGUAGCUUCGACGAGCUGGUGAUGGCGUACUACGGCGAGCAACUCGGCGCGUCGUCGUCGCUAGCCAACGAACAGCGACUUAGCCGGAACCGAAGGCUGCCUCGGGUGGUAUCUGAUGUUUUCCACAGGGCAAGCGAGUGGAGCGUCUGGGAGAGGCGAGGGUUCUACGAAGAGCUGCUGAAAAUUGCCGAGACGAUGCUAACGUCAGAAGGAGCAUCGGUGCGCACGGCACUGGUGGCCGACAUACAGCAGAUGAUGGACGGCGGCGACAGAGAGAAGAUCUGCCUUCGGCUCAGAAGGAUGGUGCAGGACCUAGUUCCAAAUCUGUGGGCCCUGAACUCAGCCCUGGUUGCAAAUGACGGCGCGCGGUCGAAUGCGGCCUUGGGUAGCAUCCUGCUGAUGCACUGUGCUGGAAGGAUGCCAAAAGGAGAACUCUUGAGGUUGCUUGAGAUGUGCCUGUAGACUAGUGUCAGACGCGGGGGUGCAACGUGUAGUAGGCAAUAAGAUUUAACAAUUACAAAUUAUGCUACGAUGCGAAUGAUGAUUUGGUUGCCAUGCCUUCACAGCACUGCGCAGCCUUGUAAGAUUUUACUCGGGCUAGAACUGUUAAAUAGACUAUAGUAGGAAUUGUAACGUGAUCAUGUUAGUUGGUCGUUAUAUAACUAUUCAUAAGGAAGAUCCCUAAUGGAAUUACUAGAUAUUACCCCUUUCUUAAGGUAGUAAUUCUAGGUUAAUCCCGGCCCUCUUGUUAGCUAAAUAACUAUAAAAAGUAAGUCUAAUUCACUGCUUGUUCCCUAAGCAUUUGCCGCGCACACUGCGCGUAUCUUAACAACUAUCUACCUUGACAGUGUUUGACUCCACUGUAUAGGUGAUUUGAAUGAUUAAUCAACUAAUCAAGAAUACGGACUAGUGCUUCCCGGUCGUGACGGCU